AUGACCUCGCUCGCAAAAAUAUAUGGCGCACCUGAUUCGAGUCGAAAACAUGAAAAGGGAAGUUCCGGGGAAAAUAGAAGGAAAUAUGUAUUCGACACGUACGACAGGAAUACCGCGGAUGGUGAUAUUAUAGUGCGUUGUCAUAUGGGCCGUGGUCGUUCGCUGAUGAUGUGUGUAUUGGGCGACAAUGAGGAGAUUGUGGAUGUGUGUGGAAGCCGCACAGAGGAGGAGGACCAGCGGUCUCUCUACCGCAGCACUGUCUGCAUGGACGGCCAUAUAUACGCCCGCAUAGAGUGGCAGGAGUUAAAGCGGAGGGAGCGGAUAAAUAAAGAACGGUUUGCCUCUCGACAUGAUGCGCCCUUUUCGAUUGGGCGGCUUCCCCGGCCGUAUCGUCAAAUGCAGGGAGAAGGGGAAUAUGAACUGAGAUCGCAGAGUCGUAGUAAUCUUUACUACGGCGAUGCCUCAAAGUUAAGUCGAAAUCCCAGCAGUUUUGUUUCCGCUUCAACCCGCAAUGCCUCGCCUGUUAAUAGCAUUCGCCGGCAAAGAGAGGGAAGUACAAGUGUAUUCUCUCAAGGCGGCAGACCCCGCGAUAAUGCGGGCACACUACCAUAUAUUCGAAAAGCAUCAGCUGCGUCUAGCGUGCAAUUGUCACCCUCACGAAGAGCAAACAGAUCACCACGCCUCAUACUGCCGGCCAUCAAGUAG